AUGGCAUUCCAGUUUCCACGCGGUGCCGAGUUUCUCUUUGUCAUUCAGUAUCUGCUGCAGUUCGAUGACACGGUAAAGUUCAAGCUGAGUCGUGAAGGCCGACGGACCGUGCUGCAGGUUUCCACCGUCAACAUUCCUCCAUUCAGCUACACCACGGUAGACUUUGCCGAUGAGUCUGAGAGGCCGCAAAAGAUGGCUGCAGUGGAACCGCACGCAACUUCGUGGGCUGUAAACGCUGCUUUUUUCACUAGUGUUCUGAGCUGCUUCAGCGGCCUUUCUCCCAUCACUCUCGAGGUUGCUGACGAUCUCUCAUGUGCCCUUCUCUAUCAGAAAAAGGAAGACGGCACCGGCGUGCAAGUAGCACAGGUCGGAGCACUCCACGACCUCGGACCGAAGCUCCUGGUUGAUCACGACGUGGGGGUUCUGUACACGAUUGCCGACAUUCGAAACUUUGGCGAAAUUGUCCGCUCCGUCUGUGCUGGGGACGACGAGCGAUGCGACGUGUUUCUUCGACGCGUUUCGUCGACGGAGUGCGAGCUGGGCAUGAAAACGAGCACUGUCACCUCAUCGUUGCAGCUCUUGCUGGAUGAGUGCAACGGCGUAUCCAAGCGCCUGGAAGGGUCGGCGCGCUGCACUGAUUUGCAAGAGUAUGCACGCCUCUGCACACGAAUGACGAAGCUAGCCGAUAAGACUUCUCUCAUGGUGGGGUUUGGGUCUGACGGCAUUGCCCUUUUCAGAUUUGAGUGGGUUACAGAGCGAGGCAGCCGCACUGCUGACUUGUUCUUUUGCACCUCCUAG